CUUUCGCUCAUCGCAACCUGACGAACUGCAUGGAAGCAGAAGUCCCCGGAUUGUUCUCCAGCCAUGCAGUUCCAGCCCUCGCACGCUCCUCUUUACGCGCCGACGCCCGCGCCGCCCGCGCACCCGACGCCCUUCUACAUCGAGGACAUUCUGGGCAGAAACGCGUCCGUGCCUGGCCCGGUGGUGCCCACGCCGACCCUGCCGUCUCCAAACUCUUCGUUCACCAGCCUGAUCCCGUCUUACCGGACCCCGAUCUACGAGCCCACGCCGGUCCACCCGGUCCUGUCGCCGCAGGCGCUCGCUUACGCGUCCAUCUACCCGUUCCAGAGAGACUUUACGCACGCGCUGAUCCGCCACGACCCGCUGGGUAAACCUCUGCUGUGGACGCCGUUCAUCCAGAGACCUCUGCACAAGAGGAAAGGAGGACAGGUUCGCUUCUCCAACGACCAGACCAUCGAGCUGGAGAAGAAGUUCGAGACCCAGAAGUAUCUGUCUCCUCCCGAGAGAAAGAGACUGGCCAAGAUGCUGCAGCUGAGCGAGAGACAGGUGAAGACCUGGUUCCAGAACCGUCGCGCGAAGUGGAGGCGACUGAAGCAGGAGAAUCCUCCGAGCGGUAAGAGAGAUGUGGAGGACUCUGGCGAGCAGAGAAACUCGGACAGAUCGAGUCCAGACGUGACACACGAGUCUGAAGAGUCUGAUUCGGAUCAGGAGCUGGACCUGGAGGAGGAUCCUCAGCUCUGAGCGAACACCUCAGCACUGUACAUACUGUAUCAUACUGUACAUUCACAGCACAAUUAACUUAAUGUGUAGAUCUAGAUACAAACCUGUAUAUGGCGUCUUGUGGGAAACUGUGUAAAUACUUUGUGUUAGUCAAUAAACAAUAUUUUGGGGAUACGG